AUGGAACAUAUUCCUGCUGAAGCAUCCGCUGAUAUCACAAGGGAGCAAAACGAACUUAAACUUUUAAAUGAAUGUUUCUCCAAUGCGCGUGCUAUUCAUUUGAUUGUGUCGCAUUCGCUCAUGCCUACUAGCGGUGCAGCGCUUUGCUCGUCGCUUUUAAAUGAAGAAGUCCAAUCAUAUCUUCGGGAAGUGCUGCAUAAAUAUUCGGCGACUGCUGCAAUGCGGAAGAAACUAAAAUCGGUGAAAAUAUUAUAUUUCUUACAGUGCCUGACAGAUGAGAAGGUGCGGGAUGAAUUUAUCUGUGCAGCAGCGCAUCCGUCGUUCUCUGAGAGUUUGUGA